AUGGCUAUGUAUUUUCCUCUAGUUUUCUUGUCACUCUUGCUCGUUUCUGGUCAAAUUAUUAGUUCCCACGAAACCAAAACGACAUACAUUGUCCAAGUCCAAAACGACCUAAAUCCAUCAUCAAACCACACCGAUGUUGUAGAAUGGUAUAGUUCAAUCCUUAGGAGCCUCAAAGCUAGCGCUUCUAAUGAACCAAAAGUUCUUGACUUUCUCCAUAUCUAUAGAACCAUCUUCCAUGGCUUCUCAGCUAAGCUCACUAAAGAACAAGCCAUUGAGCUCGAAACACGACCCAACAUUGCUGGGGUUUUCCCUGACCGUGUUAGACAACUUCACACGACUCGGUCCCCUGAAUUUCUUGGACUCGUAGUAAACCGACCAAAUGGCUUACUCAAGGAGUCCAACUGGGGCUCAAACGUCAUAAUCGGAGUCAUCGACACUGGUGUGUGGCCAGAAGGACGUAGUUUUCAUGACAAGGGUCUGGGACCAGUUCCAUCCCAAUGGAAAGGACAGUGCGUAGCAGGAGAUCAGUUCCCGGCGACACUUUGCAACAAAAAGCUGAUUGGUGCGAGGUACUACUACAGCGGCUACGCGGCCCAGUUCGGCGGAGAGAACUUGGUCAAGUCAGCGAGAGACGAGAUAGGUCAUGGGACUCACACCUCCUCGACCGCCGCCGGGCGCGGAGUCGAGAACGUAUCUUUGUUCGGCUACGCCAAGGGAAACUCGCAGGGCAUGGCGCCUAAGGCAAGGCUUGCCAUCUACAAGGUUUGCUGGGAAGAUGGGUGUGCCACGUCGGACGUACUCGCCGCCAUUGAUGACGCCGUCAAAGACGGCGUCGAUGUUAUCUCGAUAUCCCUCGGCGGCGAUCCAAUGCCUUACGACAUUGACCCGAUUGCUAUCGCGGGUUUCGGCGCUACCCGAAAUGGGGUCGUCGUCUCGGCCUCGGCAGGUAACUCUGGCCCCGAACUUGAGAGCGUAUCCAACGCAGCUCCAUGGAUCACAACCGUCGGAGCAGGAACACUCGAUAGGAAGUUCCCGGCCGAGGUGCUCCUCGGCGAUGGUAGCAUAUUCACCGGGUCCUCACUCUACAGCGGUAAGCCAUUACCGGCGGGAAAAUUGUUUCCAAUCAUCUACGCUGGCGAUGCGGCACUGAGGAAGGAUGCGAACGACAGUGAUACAAAACCUCAGUAUUGUUUUCAUGGGUCGCUCGACCCAAAGCUUGUAAAGGGAAAGAUUGUCGUUUGUGACGCGGCUGGACUUUCUCCGGUGGAAAAAGGGGUUGUAGUCAAAGAGGCUGGUGGGGUCGGCGUCGUAGUAGGUAGCGAUCCGGAGUACGGCGAUGGCUUAUUGGCUGAAGCGUUUAUGACUCCAGGGCUUACGAUCACCGACUCCGCACGUGCCACUAUAGCUCAAUACAUAUCAUCAUCUGAUAACCCACGUGCGACAUUGCGUUUCUCCGGAACAAAACUUGGGGUCAAACCUGCACCACUCGUGGCAUUCUUCUCGUCACGUGGGCCCAACUCUCUUUCUCCUUACGUGUUAAAGCCAGAUCUGAUUGCGCCAGGUGUCGAAAUCCUAGCGGCUUGGCCUGACAACAUUCCGCCCACGUGGUAUUACAAUGAUACACGUAAGACUAAGUUUAACAUAAUUUCGGGAACGUCGAUGUCUUGCCCACACGUGUCAGGUAUAGCAGCCUUGUUGAAAGGAGUCCACCCGGAGUGGACCCCAGCUAUGGUCAAAUCGGCGAUGAUGACCACUGCUUAUAUGAACGACCGUGAUGGAAAGCCGUUGAGGGAGCAAAUCAACUAUACUUUGGCUACACCGUGGCUCACCGGUGCUGGACACGUGGACCCCGAAAAGGCCAUGGAUCCUGGCCUUGUGUAUGAUCUGACGGUGGAGGACUGCGUUAGCUUUCUCUGCUCCAGUAACUAUAGUGAUAGUCAGAUUAAGAUGAUCACCGGAGAAGAUGUAAAGUGUAUCGAAGUGAUAUUAAAGAACACUUGGGACCUGAACUAUCCGGCGAUUGUGGUGCCUCUGAAUGUAUCGGAACCGUCGAAGUCGAAGGUUUCAGUGCCGAGAACUGUGACGCAUGUCAGCGACGGCGCGUGCAAGUUCACUGUUAAAGUGACCAGCCCUAGAGGUACUGCCGUGAGAGUUGUUCCAGAGAAGAUGGAGUUUAAAAAGAAGGGUGAGAAAGAGAGGUACGUGGUCAAGAUUGCGGUGGAUGAGAAACGACGUCGUCUUGGGAAGCCUGGUGGUAGUGCGUUUGGAAGGCUGACGUGGACAUGUGAGAACUAUCAUGUUAAUUCUCCUCUUGUGGUGACUUGGGUUGAUUAAUUGUAUUGGUCUUUAAGAUGUUUUGGUAAAGGUAAUAAUGUUACUAGUAGAAUGAGUUAUGAAUUUGGUAUAUCGGUCCUAAUACUUACUCCAUAUUACAUACAAAAUUAUAAAAUAAUUUGUAUUUGCAUAUGUUUGUUCCAAUCGAUAAAUAUACGUACACAUAAAUAUAGUUUGGGAGUGCAUGGAUGAUAAUUACCACUAUUAUCUACAUACAUAUAUAUAUGCUCUACGUUCACAAGCCAAGA